AUGUAUCGUUGCUUUCAUCAUUUCUCCACGUUGCCACUGGCGUUUGUACGACGGACUGCUACAAACAGUUACGUCAAUCGCCAUAUUGGACCAUCAGCGGCAGAAUCAAUUUCUAUGCUUCGAAUAAUUGGCAAAGAAAGUCUGUCGGACCUCAUGACUGCUGUGAUCCCAGAGAAUAUUUUGCGAAGUCCCUUAAAAGAGUUUCCGGCGAUGAGCGAGCAGGAUGCCCUUUCGCUUCUCCAUUCACUGGGUUCACGGAAUAAGGUGUUAAAGAGCAUGAUUGGGCAAGGAUACUAUGAAUCGAUCACACCACCUGUAAUACUUCGUAACGUUAUAGAGAAUCCUGCAUGGUACACCCCAUACACUCCUUACCAGGCUGAAAUAUCUCAAGGCCGUCUAGAGUCCCUGUUGAAUUUUCAGUCCAUGAUUAUAGACUUGACAGCUAUGAAUUUGGCAAAUGCAUCUCUUCUGGAUCAAGCUACUGCAUGUGCUGAGGCAAUGUACCUUGCCUUUCAUCAUGGUCGAAAGGAGCGCAUGACCUUUUUUGUAUCGAGGGAUGUCUUCCCAUCUUGCGUAGAGAUGGCAAAAACAAGGGCUGAGCCCCUUAAAAUAAAGGUCUUUGUUGGUGAUCCAAAUUUGAUUGAUUGGAGCGAUUCCUCACUUUGUGGAAUUUUGGUACAAACUCCAGAUGCCAUGGGGAUGCUUCAUGAUUUUACGACACUGUUUGAGAAGGCAAAACAACAUGGUGUCGUCAGUUGUUGCGGGACAGAUUUGAUGGCUUCUGUUCUUCUCAAACCUCCGGGAGAAAUGGGAGCCGAUGUUGUUUUGGGAUCUGCCCAACGCUUUGGUGCCCCACUAGGGUUUGGAGGGCCUCACGCCGCAUUUUUUGCUGUCAAGGAGGAAUUUAAGCGAUUGAUUCCGGGUCGCGUCAUUGGUAUAAGUAAAGACUCGACGGGUUGUCCGGCCAUACGCAUGGCGCUUCAGACGCGGGAGCAACAUAUUAAGAAGGAACGCGCCACAUCCAAUAUUUGUACUUCACAAGCUCUCCUAGCAAAUGUUGCGGCAUUUUAUGCCAUUUAUCACGGCUCUGAGGGCUUGAAGGAAAUUGCGAGCGAAAUGCACAAUAAAGCCAAAAUACUUUCUGUUGGUUUAGAGUCUGUAGGGCAUACAGUGGUCAAUGGUACAUUUUUUGAUACCAUCACCGUAAAUUUAAAAGGUAUAACGCCUGAAGACUACGUGACAUGCUGCGUGGAAAAGGGCAUUAAUAUUUUUGUUGAUUAUAGUCAUGGCACCGUCUCCAUAUCGGUGGAUGAGGCCACUACCGAGGGCCAUGUAGUGUCUCUCUUGGAGGCAGCAGGGCUAAAACUUCCUGUGAUAGGUGUCCUUUCAAAACUCGCAGAACAAAAGAGAGCAAUGCCUUUGCAAAUGCUGCGAAAAUCUGUCUUUCUUGGGCAUUCAAUCUUUCAAAAGUACAAAAGUGAGAGUGAGCUUAUGCGGUACAUUCACCGUCUUCAUAGAAAAGAUUAUGGUCUCACGCAUGGUUGUGUGCCCUUGGGUUCUUGUACCAUGAAACUUAAUCCAGCUGCCGCCAUGUUGUCCUUGUCGUGGCCAGAAUUUACCAACAUUCACCCUCUUGCACCGAAGGAGCAAACGCGAGGAUAUAGUGCGUUGUGUUUGGAUCUGGAGCAGAAAAUAAGGGAUAUUACCGCUUUGGAUGCCGUGUCACUUCAGCCAAAUAGUGGUGCUCAGGGUGAAUAUGCUGGUCUUCGCGUGAUCCGCUCGUAUCAUAAUUCAAAAAAGGAGAGCCAUCGCAAUAUUUGCUUGAUUCCAGAAAGUGCUCAUGGCACAAAUUUUGCUUCGGCUCUCUUAGCAGGGAUGGUGAUUGUAAAGAUAAAGUGUUUGGCGGAUGGAAGGAUUGACAUGAAGGAUUUGGAAAAUUCCUGCCAAAAGCAUACAAAGAAUCUCUCGUGCAUUAUGAUAACGUAUCCGAGUACGUAUGGUUUGUUUGACAGGGAAAUCUUGGCCAUUACUUCGAUGGUGCACUACCAUGGAGGGCAAUGUUAUAUUGAUGGUGCAAACAUGAAUGCCAUGGUGGGUUACACGGCACCUGGAUGUAUUGGGGGCGAUGUGUGCCAGGUUAAUCUCCACAAAACGUUUUCAAUUCCUCAUGGUGGUGGUGGGCCAGGCAUGGGUCCUAUUGCUGUUCGUCAGCACCUGGCGUCAUUCUUGCCAGAUUCUGUUUUUAUUCAAAAUGUUGGUGGUUCCCAGCCUUUUGGUCAAGUCUCUCAAGCAGCAUACGGAUCGGCGUCUAUUCUUCCAGUUUCUUAUUUAUUAAUGUUGAUGCUUGGUUCACGGGGUCUCAAGACAUGCACGGAGUAUGCGAUUUUAAAUGCCAACUAUUUAAAGAAGCGUCUUGACGGCCACUACCCAGUUCUCUUUCUGGGGGAAAACGAUUUCUGCGCUCACGAGUUUAUCAUAGAUUUAAGGCCAUUUAAAAAAACAGCACAAAUUGAGGCAGAAGAUGUGGCGAAACGACUCAUGGAUUAUGGCCUUCACUCACCUACCCUGGCAUUUCCUGUUGCGGGAACACUCAUGAUUGAACCCACAGAGUCAGAGUCAAAGCGGGAGUUGGAUCGGUUGGCCGAUGCACUUAUUUCCAUUCGUACCGAAAUUGCAUCCAUAGAGAAGGGUGAAGAGAGCACAACGAACAACGUUCUCAAGAAUGCCCCGCACACGGCAAAGUGUGUCACAUCAGAUGAUUGGGACAGGCCAUACACCCGGAAAACUGCUGCAUUCCCUUCGAGCCAUUCAUACACCGAAAAGUUUUGGCCUUCAGUUGGCCGCAUCGAUGGAACCUAUGGGGACAGAAACUUGAUGUGCAGUUGUGCAUUGACUAAUUUUUGUGAGUAA